GGAGAGACGUGGGGAGAGACCUGAGGAGAGACCUGAGGAGACACCUGAGGAGAGACCUGAGGAGAGACGUGGGGAGAGACCUGAGGAGACACCUGAGGAGAGACCUGAGGAGACACCUGAGGAGAGACCUGAGGAGAGACGGACAUCUCCAGGACAUUAAGUAUCAUCACUAUGCAGCUCGUGCUCUCCUUCUGCAGUGCCUUAUGAUGCACAGAUGGAUAGUGGUGUGGAAACGGCCAGACCUGCUGUGUGGACUUUACCUGCGAGUACUGCUGUGGCUAGGUGGAGUAGGAGUGGCCUGUGGAGGGGGUGUGGCCUCGACUGAACCCUCGACCAUGUGUGACUGCAUCAAGCAAGAACGUUAUGCUCGUAACUAUGACUACAUGGAAGGAGGAGACGUGCGGAAUCGCCGGUUGUACAGCCGCACGCAGUGGUUCCUCACCGUGGACGAGAAUGGCAACGUUAACGGCACACAGGACCCCAACAACUGCUACAGUAUCCUGGAGAUCCGCACGGUCUCAGAGGGGGGCAUCCUGGCAAUCAAAGGAGUGAAGAGUCAGUAUUACAUUUCCAUGAGCAGAUCUGGAAUACUACAAGGCAAGAAAGAGUACAGUGACAGCUGCAAAUUCAAGGAGGUGUUUUUAGAGAACUUCUACACAGCCUACAUGUCAGAGAAAUGGAGUAAAAAUGGGAAGGAGAUGUUCAUCUCUCUGUCGCAGAAGGGCCGGCCGCUGAGGGGCAAAAAGACUCGCAAAGAGAGCAUCGCCUCACACUUCAUCCCUCGCACGUGCAAGGAGGACGACAGGACGCCGGCCUGAACACACACACACACACACACACACACACACACACACACACACACACACACACACACA